CUCCCUCCCUCCUCCUCCUCCUCCUCCCGCUCCUCCUCGCCAUGUCCGAGAUCCUGCCCUACGGCGAGGACAAGAUGGGCCGCUUCGGCCCCGACCCCGAAGGCUCCGACCUGUCCUUCGGCUACCGCCUGCGGGACACCGGCUCCUUCUUCGCCGGCAACCAGGCCAAGCGGCCGCCCAAACUGGGCCAGAUCGGACGGGCCAAGAGAGUGGUGAUCGAGGAUGACCGGAUAGACGACGUCCUCAAGGGGAUGGGGGAGAAGCCGCCGUCGGGAGUGUAGGCCGCACCCCCUCUCCCAGCCCGGCCCCCGCCUCGGCCCGGACCGCUGGCCGGCGACCGGGCCCCCCGGCGACCCCCGUCCUCGUCGUCGUCCUCGUCCCCGGAGCUGUCCCCUUCAGCACCGUGGACGCCGGGACCGCCCGCCCCCCUCCCCCUCCGCCGCGGGAGCCGCCGGGCCUGCCACCCCCCUGACCUCUGACCCCCGACUCGUGCACUUUAGGACCCGGUGGACGCGGACGGGCGAGGGUCCGGCCC